UUAAACCUGAGUUACAAGUAGAUACUUAACCUGUUUCUUUUCUGUUUCUAGCCAGGGUACAAGUGUCUGUCUAGAAUGUCCAGGCAUGCACGGCAGCUUAGAGACCAGGAUAUAAAUCCCUGUGUAGCGGAAACAGAUGCCUCUAGAAAAUGUAUGGAUGACAACAACUAUAACAAGGAUAUGUGCGCUGCUUAUUUUCUGAAGUACAAAAACUGCAGAAAAUUCUGGCAUAACAUUAUGAUGGAGAGAAGAAGAAACGGGGUGAAACCAGAGAUGCCCACAGCAGAAGAGAGAAAGAAAAUGUUGGAAUCAAUGGAGCAGCCCUACUGAGGAGAAACUUGCAUUGACUGACUGUUUUCACUGUACAUAUGAGGACUUUAUCAAUAGCACAUUGCCCCUUUAUGCACUGGACUUUUCAGUUGCUUUAUCUUGGAUUAAAAUAAGGUCUUAAAUUUUGAAAUGUGUGAGUUAUCUGGGAUGGAACUUCGUGGGUUUGUUUGUACUCCUCAUCAUGGG